AUGGAUGUCAUUUCUUAUUUAAAUCAAUGCUAUUGUAUUUUUGGAGAAACUUUGGAUAUUGCUGUUGGUAAUUGUCUUGAUCGUUUUGCUCGUAUUCUAAAACUUUCAAAUGAACCUAGUCCCGGUUAUAAUAUUGAACAAUUGGCUAAAAAAGGUUCUCGUUUUUACCAACUCCCUUAUGUUGUCAAAGGAAUGGAUAUUUCUUUGUCUGGAAUUCUUUCACAUAUUGAAAAAGAAGCUCCAAUACUUGUUAAAUCUGGAAAAUAUUCUGAUGCUGAUUUGUGUUUUUCUUUGCAGGAAACAGUUUUUGCAAUGUUGGUUGAAAUAACAGAACGUGCAAUGGCACAUUGUGGUUCAAAAGAAGUUUUAAUCGUUGGAGGUGUUGGAUGUAAUGAACGUUUACAACAAAUGAUGAAUAUAAUGGUUAAUGAACGAAAAGCAAAAUUAUUUGCGACAGAUGAACGUUUUUGUAUUGAUAAUGGUGCUAUGAUAGCUCAGGCCGGUUGGGAGAUGUAUAAUUGUGGAAUGAAUGCACCCAUAAAAGAAUGUACAUAUACUCAAAGGUAUAGAACUGAUCAAGUUAAUGUUUUGUGGAGAGAAAAAUAA